CCCGACCCCGGCCCCGGGCACGAUGCUGCCCAGCUCCAUUCAGAUUUCGGGGGAACCUCUGUCUGGCGCCGAGGUGCGAGACAUCUGCCGUGGCCUGCGCGACAACGCCGUGCGCCUGCUCUCCCUGCGCGGCUGCCGCCUCUGCGACCGCGACUUCGGCCGCAUCUGCCGGGCGCUGGCGGGGGCCACGUCCCUGGCGCAGCUCAACCUUAACCUGGGCGUCGUGUCCAGCCCCAGCCGCAUCAAGCAGCUGGCGGAGGCGCUGCGGACCAACCGCUCCAUCCAGUCCCUCUUCCUGCAUGGGAGCCCCCUCACAGACGCCGGGCUGGCCUUGCUGAACCCUGCCCUGGCCCUCCACCCGGCCUUGGUGGCUCUGGACCUGGGGGACUGCAUGCUGGGUGAUGAAGCCAUCAACCUCAUCUGCGGCCUCCUCCCUCCAGACGGGGCCAAGUCUGGCCUGAAGGAGCUAACGCUGAGCGCCAACCCUGGCAUCACCCCGAAGGGCUGGAGCCGCCUCGCCAUUGCCGUGGCCCACAGCUCCCAGGUCCGCGUCCUCAAUCUGGACUACAACCCGCUGGGGGACCACGUGGCAGGGAUGCUGGCUGUAGCUGUGGCCUCAAGCCGCACCCUGGAGGUCCUAGACUUGGAGGGCACAGGGCUCACCAACCAAUCAGCUCAGACCCUGCUGGACAUGGUAGAAAAUUACCCCACGGCGCUGCGGAGCCUGGUGUUGGCUGAGAACAGCAUUAGCCCAGAGCUCCAGCAGCAGAUCUGUGACCUCCUCUCUGAGGGGGAGGAAGAGGAGGAAGUGGCAGGAGGGUCUGGCGACACCCAGGAAUGGGAGAGAGGGCGGGAGCCUGCUGCCCAUCGGGCGGGCGGCAACUCCUGGAUGUGCCCCAGCGAUCCCAGCUCUCAGAUGGUGCUAAUGACGUCAGGACUAGGGGACAGUCUGUUGGCUGAGACGGAGAUGUGACUUUCACGUGGACUUCUGCACACCAUUACAGUUGUCUGUCUCCCCAGCACCUGGCCCCAGAUAUCAGGCUCAGGCCCUAGAGGGAGGGGGUGCCUGGGGCUCUGGCAGCUCCCAGCAGUGUUGGGGUGGGGGGGACAGCUCUGGAAGCUGUGACUGGACAAGAUAGCCCUGGAGGAGGGGGCACACUUGAACCCAGGGCAAUGCCUCUGGACUUGGCAGCUGUGGCUGCAACCCGCUGGCUCGGAAGAGAUUUUAUGAACUCUACAACCGGCUGUGUGACUGUGGUCCCUGGGAGCGGCAGCUGGGGAGGAACUGGAACUACCACUGAGUACCACUAGAGAGCAGUAUCAUCCCACAGCCCAAGCUCCAGGCAGCCGGUAGGGGUCCCUCUCUCUCAAAUAAACCUGACCCAGGUGUAAACCUGGGGUGCUGGGACAACACCUUACACAGGUAACUAAAGAGCUCACCCUCAAAGCUGGACUGGACCCCACCACCAAUGGGAGCCUCGUGGGGCCCCAAGAUUACUUGC